AGGAAAGGGUCUAGAAAUACACGUGUUAUUUUCAUCAAGCUCGAAGAUAAUUUGUUUUGGGAAAGAUGAACAACUAGCACGUUGUAUGGAAUAAACAAAGAAACAAGGCAGCAACAGAAGCAUGUUGCCCUGAUUCAAAAUUUUAGAAGCAAACUUUUGCUACUCUCCACCUCUCUACAUGAAAUUUGAAUUUUCUUGACCACCAGCGACACAAGCGACACAGAUGCAGAUGACUUACAUGAAUGCCGUUUUAUUCAACACAUUUUCAAUAAAUACAACGAAUUUUUAUAGAUCGUCGUAAUCGAAAUACUCUAUGCUGAUGCUCUAUCUUGUGCUAUUUUCCAAAUACCAAUUCGUACCCGACGUCACCGAAAACAAAUGUAGAAGUACCUUGCGACGGUAGAAGAAACACCAAACUGAGAGUGUUGAGAUUCGCUGUUUUACCUUUAGUUUUAUCUGCAUUGCAUUUUCUACUGCGGUCUGCUGUUGAUCCUCCUCCUCCUCCUCUUUAUUGUAUAAGAAGAUGAUGACCCCGGCACAGCAGAACCAGCAGCAGCGCGGCGCAGUAGGGAAUCCUGGCGCAGCUCCUUCUGCGCCUCCUCCCGGAGCAGGUGUGGCCGAUCCAAGAGCCGUGCAUGGGGGCGGAGCGAACGGGCCGCUGAACGGCGAACAUGCAAGAUUUAUCGCGCAAAAAUUGAUGGCGAAAGGGCUCGACGAAUCGAAAGCGAAAGAUCUCGUUUCCAAGAUGAAGUAUCCUGAGUAAAAACGUACCCACACCAGAGUCAGGAUGGGGAUUUUGCAACACAAACCUAGGAGUUUUGUGAGUCACGCAUGACAAGUUGCGCUCUGCAGUGUAGUGCAGGUUAGCAAGUGCAGCCGCAUCACAGAUUCAUCUGCUCAUCCUGUUCACAGCAUCACAAAUUCCAAAACACGACUGGAAAUGCCUCUCAUGCGGAUGCGCAUUACAAGUCUUCCUGUCUUUGCAAAUCUGCAUUACAACUCUGUUGUGGGUACGUUUUUACUCAGGAUAUGAAGGCCCGGUGCUUCAGCGCGGGGGGGUUCGACGCCGGCACGACAUUGCGCCAAAUCAGCGUCUAUACAUUGCAAAAAUAUCGUAGUAGUUGUAAAACUUGCAUUACAAAUUCACUUAGCAUUACAAAUUAAAUUUGUAAUGCGGAUCUGCCUUAAAAGAGAGAUUUGUAAUGCAUGAACGCAAUCAGUACGAGUGCGAUACUUUUGCAAUGCAUAGCAUCCGCAGUGUCGAGCAAGCAGAAAAAAUCGCACUGCACAACUUUCAAAUGCAAAAGGCGCAACUCCUUCAAGAAAAGCAAGCGGCGCAACAGCAGCAGCGUGGAGGUGGUGCACCAGGGCCCCUCCACGUUGGCCAGCAAAUUCUGGUGUCUGGUGCAAUAACUACCGGGUCCUCCUCCUCCUCUUCCCGACCGCCGAUCAAUCUGAAUCUACAGAGGGUAGGAACAACAGCCACGUCUACUUCGCACAUGAAUCAGCCGAUGAUGGCUGGACGGCCGACGUCCACCUCCACCGCGGCAAAUAAUCUUCGCGCAGCAGCAGGUGGCACUACUUCCGCAGGAGGACCAGCAAGGCAGCCUUUGAGCCGGCAGGCCGCAGCGGCGGCCGCGGAUAUGAUCUGCUCAGGUGUUACAAUCUCAAACGUGACACGUAGAAUCUAGGAUUUGCGUUGCAUGAUGAGCAUGACAGACUCGCAGACCGUUCCACUUUCUGCAAUACAAAUUUCGCCGAAAUGUGGUGCGGUUUGGGACUCCGGAACUUGUCAUGCGCAAUCCUAUGAGAGUUGGCCACAAAUAAAUGCAUCUCUUGCAUCACAGAUUUCGAUAAUUCUAUUGUAUAAUCGCUUGUUUGAGAUUGUAACACCUGAGCAGGUUAUACCGGAGCAGGUGAAUUUUCUGGCCAAAAACUCGAUCUUCGGAGGUGUCCUGCAGGAGGCGGCGAAAAAGGCGCAUCAGCUUCCGUGGAUGAACCAAUUAUGAACUGCAAAAGCAUCGUGCUAGUAUAUAUAAAACGUAUGACAAAUUUUCUCAGCAUGAGAAAUACAAUUUGUACUGCAGAUCUGCCUUAAAAAAGAUGGUUUGUAAUGCAUGACUGCAAGAAUUACUACGAGUGCGAUAUUACUUUUGCACAGCAUACCGAUAUGAGAAAGCGGAAAGGUCCAACUCGUCGGCAAACAACACGCAAGGUGGGCGAGGAAAUAACGGCGCGAAUGGCCGACGGGCUGGUUCAGGAGAGCCGAAACAGCGCAAGCAACGGGUGACGAAGGAGGAGCAGGCAUGGCAGGAGACGCUGCAACAGAGCGCGAAGUAUGUCGGGUGCAAAAGUCCCAGACUAGUAUCGCACUCUAGUGCUACUUCCUCAACAAAUUCUUGCCACUACUGAUGUAUGACAGAUGGCUUUUUUAUUCUCAUCUGAAUCUGCAUGACAAACUCGCUUCUAACAUCACAGACUCGGUUCGUUCGAUUUCGAAUACGACUUUACCUAGUAAGACCAGUAUUUCUCACUCUACGGCGGGUAAUUUUGGACAUGCUAUAUUAAUGCAACUUGAUGCUCCACUCACAACUAAUAAUAGAGCUGCGAUAAAAUGAAUUUUGCACUGCAUACGAAGGCAGAGGAGAUGGCGGGUGGCCUUGUGCUGACAGCGCCGUUCGUGCCCAUUGACCCCAUGCCGGACAGAUGCAUGUUUCGCAGUGAUAAGUGGCCACCGGGUACAUAUUUACACUUUCACAAGUUAGCCGCGUUGCGCUCGCAGCAUCUGAACUUUUGCUCUUGCAGUUGCAUCCAAGUGCAUGCAUAUUUUUAAUGAUGUUUCAUGAGCCCAUUUUUGAUCAUACUUGUACUUCGUGAAAAAAGUGAAACUUCUUUUUUACGACCCCACUGCCCCCCAGGUCACCCCCCAAAGUUUCUGACCAAGAACGAGCGGCACAGGCUGUACGACAUCUGGGACCGUUUUGGCAGGCUCGUGGAGGAAGAAAUUGAGCCCGAACUGAAUGAGAUAAACGAGCGCCUCGCGAAGUUCAGUCGCCAGUGCGCCAGUAGCGACGAACUGAACAGUCUUCGUGCCUCGCUGCUGAAGGAUAUGAGAGUGCACAACCCCCCCUCCCCCUCAUUUGUCAUGGAAGAUACCAAGUCCACGCUUUGCCUCUUGGCACUGUGUGCAUGACAAAUUCUGGCGGCCCAAAUAGCACUACACUCAUGUGCAAAUUUGUCUUCAUGCGAAAGCUCCUGCAUCUGUGCCAGGACUUGUGUUGCUGCGGAUGCCAUUCAAAUGAGGGGGAGGGGGAGUUGUGCACUCGCAUAAAGGAGAAGAAGAACUAUGAAGCGAUGUGGGUGGAAUAUCCUGUGCAAAAGUAUCGUACUCGUACUACUCGCAGUCAUGCAAGACAAAUUUCUUUGUCAAACUAAAUCAGCAUGAGAAAUUCCAGUUGUCAUGCUGAGCUAAUUUGUAUUGCAAUACUACGAGCACGAUACUUUUGCAUUGCAUAUGGAAGGUAGUAAAACGAGAUGAAACUAUAGCAAUACACUGUCUUGAUGUCUAACUAAAACUAUGCCGCGACCACGAUGCUUAUGGUUGUGAUUAUUUUGCUAACUCCGUGUUCGUUCCCAUUCCCUGGCGUCUCUCCAUCAUGAUGUUCAUGCUCCUUCCUAAUCCUAACUCACCUGUUGAUGAGAUGAAAAUAAAACAAAUAUUUGACCGCAGCCGUUCAAAAUGCCAAGUUGGGCACCGACAUCCCCCCAGACGACUCUUGGAAGGAACACCCCGAGACCAUCGUGGCCGCCCAGCUCCUCGGCUUUCGGGUGUGGCAGUCCAUGGUUACCGUGGGAGAACGCAAGUACUUCGGGGCUCCGACUUUGGAGCAGGGGGAAGCAAGGCGGGACUAUUGGGUGCUCCAGAAAAUGCUCGCAAUGCAGGAAAGCAAGUACUAUAGAUACGAUAGAGAAGAUAUAGAUAACCAGUGCAACCACGACCACCUUUUUUUUAAAGAAUGUUUUUUUUUUCGGAAGUACAGAAGCAAAAUCAAGAAUGCUAUUCAUCUUCUAGCACACGUCCCAUUCGUACGUUCUUUUUGCUGUGCGAGGGAGAAACUACACGGAAAGUUUAACAGGUCAUGUGGUGUCGUCACGACCUAAAAAAAUUCAAUAUAUGAUUGAAUAUCUUCCUGGUCAUGAUGCACACUUGCACUUCUAGCAGCGCAAAUUUAAAAUACCACUUCAGCUACAAGCUGUAUCUGGAGCAGAACAAAGAGAAGUUUGACCCGGACCAAUACUAUGGAUCGCAAAAGUAUCAUAUUCGUACGUAAAAAUUGCAGUUUAUGCAUUUUAGAGAAGUUUAACAAGAAGGCUAGUUAAGGAAAAAAAAUCCGCAUUGUACAGAUUCAAGUUGUAAUGUCGAGCCAAUUUGUCUUGCUUUUUUCUACUGGUGCGAGGUGGAUACUUUUGCAAUGCAUAAAUACGAGAAGUACCUUGCAAACGCCACGGAGCUGACGAGCACCACGAUCAAAACAAGAACCCGGCCGGAAAACAUAUGACCUGCUCAGGUUUUACAAUCUCAAACGUUACAUAUAGAAUCUUGAAUUUGUCUUGCAAGAAGUGCAUUAUCUAGCCACUUGACAUAGGAUUGCCAUUGCGCAUGACAAGUUCUGGAGUGGUCCCAAUCCGCAAUACAAUCUGCCGAAAUUUGUAUUGCAGAAAGUGGAAAAAUGCUGUCCGAGUCUGUCAUGCUGGUCAUGCAAUAGAAUACAAAGCAAAACCCAGGAGACUCUAUUGUAACGUUUGAGAUUGUUGUUCCGUUUGAGCAGGUCAUAAAACAAAAACGGCCCGACCCAGGGGUCCUUUCAGUCCAGCACCGAAGAUGACGACGACAACGACGGGGCGUCUAUAUGAGAGUGCACAACUCCCCCUCGUCCCCCUCAUCUGUCAUGCAAAAGACCUAAUUUACGCCUUGGCUGUUGUUUGUACUGUUUGCAUGACAAGUUCUGGCAGCCCAAAUAGCACAACUACACAACUCCUGUUCAAAAAAUUUGUCAUGCGAAACCUGCAUUCUACUUUCUGACGCUGGUAUUGCUGUUCAUGCAAUAUGAACGAGGGGUACUAGCAGGGGGAGUUGUGCACGGUCAUAAUCUAAAUCCGCCGUGCCGAAGAAAAAUAGCAGAGGUCCAGCCGGUGGCGGAUCCUCCUCGGUGAAGAAGCCGAGUCCGCUAUCUACUGCAAAUGUGGGUAAUUGUUCUGGGUGGAGGUCAUGGUCGGGGGCGCCACGACCUCCUCGGGAAAGUUGUCAUGCAAGAAACUACUCGUGGAGGAUGAUAAGCAUAAGAUUAGAUCGAUUAUGAAAAGAACUAGAACUACUGCAAUGGGCAUCAGACAAGCAUGACGAGUUGCAUGACGCGAGCUGGCUCUGUCACUCUCAUUCUUGGGUACGAUACAAGAACUUUCUUGAGAAAAAUACACAAAUGCGAAGGAGGUGCACCUUUGCCUCGCCAGCGAUUGUGGUGCAUCACAAACUCAAACUCUCCAGCCAUGUGAGUUAGGGAGCACGACAAGGGCAAGGUUCGUGUGUACCACGAAAAGAAAAAUAUUCUCCCCGAGGAGCCCCCUCCAAAGUAGAACUAGGACUACACAUUUGCAACCCGUUUAUACCCGAUAUCAAAUGUAAAAAUGUCUGGGUCUGGAAGAGUGCGCGAUUUGUCAUGCUGCUUUUCCAUGACCCAUGAGGUCUGGAAUGCAGGACCUAGCAUGACAGAUUCUGCGAGACCUUUCUAAUGCCUAUCCUGCAUGAGACACUACCUCCCGACUUGGUCAAAACUGAAACACUUUUGGUAAUCAUGCAACACAGAUUUUUGCAUGCUGCAGAUUUAGCAUGACAAGUUGCUUCUUCCAGACCCAGACAUUUUUACAUUUGAUACCCGAAAGCGAAGAACAAAUUACUGGCCAAGAAGGGCAAGGCGGCGAAGAAGGCAGCCACGAAAAAAAAGGGGAAGAAGAAGGGAAGAUAAUUUCGCUUGGACAGACACAGAACACAAGCUAAACAAACGCGCAAUGUCAAAUGAAAUCGAAAUGCACGAUAUCGCAAACUGUAUUACACUCAAUUUUCCUGAUCAUGAUGAUGGAACGAACUGCGGACCAUUCUCAUCAAGAAAACGACCCCCCGUUUCUUCAUUUUUUAGAAGUUUCAGCUCAGCCAAGGGUUGGGCUUGUGCUAGUCCUCCCCUGCUAUAGAUAAUGAACGUGAAGAAGAGGUGGUCGUGGUCGUGGUGGAAAAGAGGAAGAUGUCGAAGCCACUCUCGCACACGCACACAGCACGUUUCUAUAUGUACCACGCUCGAGAAGUACCUACAACUAUGAGGUUUACCUCGACGACACAUUGAAUCUGCUAAAAAAGGGCCAGCUGCCGAAGGAGCUCUUCCGACAUUUUCC